AUGCGCAUCUACGGCCAAGCUUAUCUGUUCGUCGGUGUCAUGGAAGCCUUCAGCGCCCACUCCAUGUUCUUCCUAUACAUGUGGAAAGCCGCCGGCAUCCCCUUCUCCGACUUGGUCUUCGCCUUCGAGAAAUACACCGACGGCUUCCACGGCUACUCGCAGGACCAGCUCGACCACUUCAACAACGUUGGCCAGUGUGUCUACUUCGUCACCCUCGUCAUCAUGCAGUGGGGCAACAUCCUGUCGGUCCGCAGCAAGCGCAUGUCCAUCCUGCAGGCCGACCCCAUCCGCCCUGCCCGCCGCAACCCCUGGCUUCCCCUGGCCAUGCUCAUCUCCCUCGUUAUCGCGAUCUUCGUCACCGAAGUCCCCGGCAUCCAGUCCCUCUUCAACACGGCCUCCGUCCCGAUCGAGUACUGGUGCAUCCCGAUCGGUCUGGCCCUUGGCAUUCUCGUUAUGGAUGAGCUGCGCAAGGUGUUGGUGCGAGAGUUCCCUAACGGGCCCAUUGCGCGGAUUGCGUGGUAG